AUGGGAGCCAAAGACACCAUCGUUCUUGUUCUCAUUGGAGCUGAUGGCCUAGAGCGGGGCGUUUGGUUUGAAGCUACUGGCGAGCAUCUUGUAUCAAGCUCAAGAGUUUGUGUAGUCAAGGGAGUCUUCAAGGGCCAUUCUGUAUGGCUCAUCAACAUUCCAUCGAUUAUCAGCUCACUUUAUGAGCGGCUCCAAAUUAUCAACAAAGGGCUUGAAGAUGAAGAAAUUGAGGGGAGCAUCAAAGUCAGCGGUCUCAUUUACCUUCAGGACAUCCGAGAGGAUAUCACCCUACAAACUGCUGAAACCAAUAUCUACACAAGCAAUUGCCAUACACGCUUUGCAGGAUCAGUCGGGAUUAUUACGCACUUGCAAAAACAACAGGCCGAUCGAGCCAAUGAACAGCGGCAAAUUCACAACGAUUGUGAAGCAGCGUAUCAACAGUUGCAUUCAGAUAUAUGCAAAUUGCAGGAUAAUUACAACAUGUUGAAGGAGAAUAUGCGCAUCAAGGAUGAGAUCAUCGAGAGGCAAGCCGAGGAAAAAGCCGAGCUCCAAGCCGAGCUUCAAGCCAAGCUCCAAGCCGAAUUGCAACGCAAGGAGCAAGCUGAGCAACUAGCUAAAAGGAAAGCUGACCGCAAGAAGGCUUUGGCCCAGAUUACGUACGGACCUUAUACACCACUUCAUUUAGCAGCACGAAGUGGAAGAAUAGAUGAGGUAAAAUUACUUCUUCACCAAAGGGCCAAUAUCGAAGCGAGAGCUGAGUAUGGCAGAACACCACUGUCUGGGGCACUUUGGAGUAGAAGAGCGGAUGUUGCAAAGUUACUGAUUAAUCAAGGAGCAAAUACGGAAGCCAAAUGCCCAACGAUUUAUAACGGUACACAACUUCAUCUCCUCGCCUAUAAUAACAAAGUAGAUAUGGUUACGUUACUUCUUGACCAUAGAGCUGAUAUUGAAGCGAAAGACGAAUGGGGCAAUACGCCCCUCCACUAUGCAAUUUGGAUUGGAGAAAUGGAUAUGGCUAGACUGCUGCUUUAUCGAGGAGCUAAUAUUGAACCGAAAGAUGAAGAUGGGGACACACCAGUUCAGUCAGCAGCUCGAAGAGGGUAUAGCACUAUAGUUAAACUGCUGCUUGAUCGGGGAGCUACAAAGUAA